AUGUCGUGGCUGCGUCUUCCCUUGCCUGGGAGCUCCAAGGGGCCCGUCGUCGGGUACGCGCGACGGUGGGGCUCUGGCAUCCUCCGCGAGGUCCUCUCGCGGCGGGAGGUUCAAGGCCUCCAGAGCCCGAUCGCCAAGGCCCGAUCACCCCGUCUGGGUGUCUUGGCUGUCGACCGUGUGCGGGGCUCGGGGACUGUGAACUGGAGGGCCUGUUUGUUGGCGACCGCGGUCCGGGGGCAGGUUGUGUCUGGGGCGGAACGAGGGGCUGCUCCGGAGUUUCAGGUUCGGAGGUUUCUGGCCCGGCUUUUGCGAGGUAGCCGGGCGGCAGGCGGGGCUCGUGGACGGAUGUGCGCUUGCGCUGCAGCUCUAGCGACCUGGGUACCACGUGGGGGAGGGAGGAAGGAUGCUGAGCUCCAUCCUGUCUUGUCUGCUGAAAGAGGCUUGAUGGAUGUGAACGUUCCCCUUCUGUUCACAACCUUCUCCACCACCCCACAUCAUCCCUUACUCUUGAUCCCUCAGACAUGGAAGUUUUUGGCAAGAUUAAUGACCAAACAUAUUUACAAGUGGACUGUAUUAUUACAGGGAUCCCUGACAUUUGACGAUGUGCUUUUGGAUUUCACCUGGGAGGAGUGGCAGCUUCUGGGCCCAGAUCAGAAGGACCUAUACCGGGAUGUGAUGUUGGAGAACUAUAGCAACCUGGUGUCACUGGGAUGCCAAGCCAGCAAAUCAGAUGCACUCUCCAUGUUGGAACGAGAAGAAACUUGGACAACAGAAGAUGAAAUCCGCAGUCAAGUCUGUGCAGAAAUCAGGAAAAUUGGUGAUCCUCUGCAUUAUUACUUGCAAAAUCAAAGUAUUUGGAAGAGUGUGGGACAAUUCCAUGAACAUGUUUUAGAAAAUAACACUAAUCAGAACAAAGGUCAUUUCCAGCUAAAGCAAACUUGUGAUGUGUUUCACUCACAUGAAAAACCUCUAAAAUCAAAUUUAGGUUUUGAAAACCAGAGCAAGAGCUGGGGUCGAAAGAACUCUGUUGAAUUUAAAGGAAAUGAGAAACCCCUUCUUCACGUGAAUGAUGAACAAUUUUAUACCAAAAGUAAAUCCCCUGCAAUUGUAAAACCUGUCAACAAUCAGUCCCAGCUUAUUAAGCAGCAGAAACCUCACAACCCAGAGAAGGCCUAUGUAUGCAGUGAGUAUGGGAAAGUCUUCCCCAAGUUUUCUCAGUUCGUUAAUCAUCAGAGAGUACAUACUGGAGAAAAACGUCAUGGAUGCAGCAUGUGUGGAAAAUCCCAGCUAAUGGAACACCAGAGAAUUCAUACAGGACUGAAACGUUAUGAAUGCACUGAAUGUGACAGAACCUUUCUCAAGAAAUCACAGUUCAAUGUACACCAGAAAACUCAUAUGGGAGAGAAGCCUUAUACAUGUAAUCAAUGUGGAAAAGCCUUCAUCAAAAAGUGUCGACUCAUUUAUCAUCAGCGAACUCAUACUGGAGAGAAACCCUAUGUAUGCAAUGAGUGUGGGAAAGGUUUCACCUUGAAGAGCCCUCUCAUCAGACAUCAGCGAACACAUACAGGAGAGAAACCCUAUGUAUGCACUGAAUGUCAGAAAGGCUUUACCACAAAAAGUGACCUUAUUGUACAUCAGCGAACUCAUACUGCAGAGAAGCCAUAUAUAUGCAAUGAUUGUGGAAAAGGCUUCACUGUGAAGAGCCGCCUGAUUGUACAUCAGCGAACUCACACUGGAGAGAAGCCCUACAUAUGCAGUGAAUGUGGAAAAGGUUUCACUGAGAAGAGUCAUCUCAAUGUACAUCAACGCACUCAUACAGGAGAGAAACCCUAUGUAUGCAAUGAGUGUGGGAAAGGUUUCACCUUGAAGAGCCCUCUCAUCAGACAUCAGCGAACACAUACAGGAGAGAAACCCUAUGUAUGCACUGAAUGUCAGAAAGGCUUUACUACGAAGAGUGACCUUAUUGUACAUCAGCGAACUCAUACUGCAGAGAAGCCAUAUAUAUGCAAUGAUUGUGGAAAAGGCUUCACUGUGAAGAGCUACCUGAUUGUACAUCAGCGAACUCACACUGGAGAGAAGCCCUACAUAUGCAGUGAAUGUGGAAAAGGCUUUCCAGCAAAGAUCCAGCUAAUGGGUCAUCAAAGAAAUCACACAGGAGAGAAACCUUAUAUAUGCAGUGAAUGUGGAAAAGGUUUCACUGAGAAGAGUCAUCUCAAUGUACAUCGACGCACUCAUACAGGAGAGAAACCCUAUAUAUGCAGUGAAUGUGGCAAAGGCUUAACUAGGAAAAGCACGCUCAUUGCACAUCAGCGAACUCAUACUGGGGAGAAACCCUAUAUAUGCAAUGAGUGUGGAAAGGGCUUCACCAUGAAGAGUACUCUAGGUAUACAUCAGCAAACUCAUACUGGAGAAAAAACAUACAAAUGCAAUGAGGGUGAUAAGACCUUCAGGAAGAAGACAUGCCUCAUACAACAUCACAGAUUUCACACAGGAAAGACGUCCUGAUGUACUGAAAGUGUGGAAAAUUCUCUGCGCAAAAAUGAUCUCAUUACACAUCAGAGAAUUCACACAGGAGAGAAAUCUUAAGCAUGUGGUGAAUGUGGGAAGGCCUUCACUACGAAGUCAGGGCUCAAUGUUCAUCAAAGUAAACAUACAGGAGAGAAGCCCUAUGGAUGUAGUGAUUGUGGGAAAACUUUUGCCCACUUGUCUAUCCCUGUUAAACACAAGCGAAUUCACAGGUAG